GAAAUAUUUAUAAGCAGUGUUCUCAAAGUCGCAUAUAAGCUCCGAUGAAUGUCGAAGGUUUAAGGAAUUUCUUUUCUUCGCUUUACACAGUGCUCUCGUCGUUGCAAUUUUUACCUCCAGAUCCCUGCGCAGCGUAAUACUAGUCAUUAUCAUGUCAGCUACAACGAAGACCACCAAGGUGACGGGUCUUCCCCCUCGGUACGAGAUCCGUACCCUAGGCAGAGAGCACGCAGACUGGGCCAAGGCAAUUGUUAUACACAGCAACAUGUUCUCUUCACCUGUAUGGCCUGCACUGUAUCCAGAGAACAAGACAGGGCGGUCCUACAGGGGCUUCAAGGCUGCGGAUUACCUGGUCGACAAGCAGAUCGAUUCCGGUCUAUCACUGGGCAUCUUCGACAAGGAGUACGUGUACAAGCGCGCCGAGUCCGCCGCGACCAACGGUAAGCUGUACUGGGACCUAGAGGAUGAGAGCGUCGACGGCGGCACCCUGGCGGAGCAGAUGGACUUCCCCCUGCUCUCGGUCGCACUGGCGUACGACGGCUUCAACGCCCUCGAGUUCCCGAGGCUGCAGUCGCUCAUCGACUCGCUCCCGGCUUUCGCGGACGUGUACGCCGGGUUGGCCGCGGGCGACAAGCGGGACCCCAAGGACUGGCAACCCACGGGCCCUGGGCAGGUCAUCAUGCGCAACGCGACGUCGACCAAGCCCGGCGAAGAGGGCCAUGGGUUCAUGAAAACGAUGGCACGGCACAUGAUGCGCAAGGCUGCGGAUGAGGGUUUCAGGGGCAUCCAGAUCGAGUGUGCGCACGACGCCGUGAUCCACGUCUGGGGUAACCCGCCGAGCCCGUUUGUGGGGCACAGGAUCUCCGAGAUUAACUGCAACACAUAUGAGGCAAAGGCCGAGGACGGGACGGUCAGUUAUCCUCUGAGGCCGUCAAAGCAAAAUCUUGUCAAGAUAUACGUAGAUCUGAAGCCGCAGAACUAGUCUAGGCUGUAAAAGAUGGCACACAACAGUGACAGGGACAUGGAACGAAGAUACAAAUAGAUAAAUA